CAUAAACAAUCACACGAGGUAAAGUUAGCUCAGCUCAGGGAUAUGAGAGUUUAGUAAACGGCGCCGCACUGUACAGUUGCCCUCAGCUCCGGCUGCCUGCCAUUUCAUAAUUAUAUAUACCAAGCCACAAGAGAGGAUUUCACCAUGCCAGAAGGUCCUGAACUCCAUUUGGCCAGUAAAUUUGUAAAUGAAUCCUGUCGAGGUCGUAUUUUCAGCGGGGAGAUUGUGAAAAACCCUGUACACAAGAGCAGCGACAUUGAGUUCGAUGCGCCAGCAUACACUAUCUCCGCGGCUUCGCGUGGCAAGGAGAUGCAACUGAUACUAACAAAGCUCGACAGUCAUGACAGUAUACAUGAAAAUGGCCAUGGCGAAGGCGACACGAGAAGGAAACCUUAUCAAAAGAAAAACAAUGGCACCGCCCAGGACGAGAAAGAUAGCAAAAAAGUGAACAUUCCAGAGACACUGAAAAUCCUUUUCCGUUUCGGGAUGUCGGGGAACUUUCAAUUCACCACACCAAGUGAUAUUCACAAACAUUCUCAUUUGAAAUUCUACACGAAGGAUAAACCUCUGAUGGUUUUAAGUUAUGUUGAUGUUCGCAGGUUUGGACGGUGGGAGGUUGAUGCAGACUGGUCUAAAAAUCGUGGUCCGGAUCCAAUGUUUGAAUAUCAGGCAUUCAGGUCUAAUGUGGUGAAGAACAUGCAGAAAUCUGCUUUUGGUCAGCCAAUCUGUGAGAUUUUGCUGAAUCAAAAAUUCUUCAAUGGAAUCGGGAACUACUUAAGAGCAGAGAUUCUCUUCAGGUUGGGUAUCCCACCAUUUGAGAAAGCAAGAACUGUGUUGGAAGGACUGAGUGCAGAACCACCUGAUGUCAAACCAAUGAAGGGAGGAAAAAGGAAAGGAGAGGAACCUGAUAUUCUUCAUCUAUGUCAUACAGUGCCUCUUGAGGUCAUUGCUAUAGGUGCUGGUGGAUACACAGCUGAUGGUAAAGCUUCUGACUACUCUGAUUUCAUGAAAUGGCUGCAGUGUUACUCCAAAGAUGGAAUGAAAAACAUGGUAGACCACAAUGACAGGACCAUCUGGUUCUCAGGACCACCAGGUCCAAUGGUACCUAAAGAUGGAAAAUCUCGUAGCAUAAGAAGUCCAAAGAAGCGAAAAGAGGCUACUGGCACUGAUGAUGUAAAAACUCCUAAGAAGUCCAAGAAAACAGAAGAUUCAGACCAUGAUAUCUCCAAGAAGAACAGAAAGAGAACAUCAAAACGCACAGCGAAAAUGAGCUCUGAAACCAAAGCUGCAUCAAAUGUUCCUACAUCAUCACGAAAGAGAGAAGAUACAAGUACGAAGGCAAGAGGAGAUACAAGUACCAAGGCAAGAGGAGAUAAAGUUAACAAGAAGGGAAGUAAAAAUGGAAAUAGGAAGAAGAGAAUGGAAGUUUCAAAAGGUGCACAAUCUAGAGAAGAGUUUAAGAAUGCUGCUAGUGUAAAUAGUAGUAAGAAAGGGAAAAGAAACACAAGAGUUUUAGAGGAUGACAGGACUGAGUCCUGCAAACACAAAACAGAGCAGAAUGAAAGCAAGAGUAGAGGAAAGGGUCGACCUAGAACAAGUAGGUUAGCAAAGCAGAAAUGAUUUGGAACAGAAGAGUAAAGUUAUUACAACAUCUGCUAAGAGUGAAGACAUCUUAUUUCCAUCAAUAUCUAGUCAUAUUUGUGAAAGGGUAUCCUAUUGGCUGAAAAGCUAUCAUGUGACACUCAUGAAAUUGUUACAUGUAUGGGUGUGCAAUUUUAACAACCUUUGUUUCAUGGAACAGUGAACAGGAUUUGUUCAGGUACAAUGUCCAUAGUUGCACAUACCCACUGUUUUCUAGCUUACUUUUGUAGCUGAGCAAAUUUGACAUAGAACAUGGUUUGAGUAUGUAAUCUGGAAUCAUAUGAGAGGAGCAUUGCAUGAGAAUUAAAAUACCCUAAAUUUUAACAAGUUUGUUUUUACUGGCUGCCUAUUGUAUCAACAAACAGAGUUGACAAAAGACUUAACUCUGUUUCAGCUAUGCACAAAGAAUUCGAAAGACUUGAUGAUGCCAGUGAAAACGAACUCGUUUAAUCAAGUUAUGGAAAUGCAUGCAUUACUUUAAACAAACAGAACUUUGUUAUUCCUGAUUGAGAUAUCAUAUGAAAGUGCAGAAAACAAACUUUCUAGAAAUGUGAUUUUCUCUUUGAAAUUCAGAUACCACUCGCCAAAUGACUUUUUGGUUUCCUCCCUUC